UAUAUACUGCAUUUCUUUGUGGAUUAAAGCUUCUUUUUUUACGCCGUUUUUAUUUAUUUCAUUUUCUCUCUCCUUACUCUCUCUCUCUGUGUCGGGUUCUCGGCGGCGAAACGAAGUUCUUCCGGUAGCGGAAAAAAAAAGCAUCAAUUUGUGUUGGCAUAAUGGUGAGGAAGAAGAGAAGUGAACAAUUUGGGGAAGGUGAGAGCUCAUAUCCUCAGCAAGCUGGUGGGAAUGGUGGAAGAGGCGGAGGUGGUCAACCAACUCCGCCACAAGCUGGUGGUGGUCACCCAGGUGGAGGAAGAGGUGGUCAACCAGUUCCACAACAAGCUGGUGGUGGUCACCCAAGUGGAGGAAGAGGUGGUCAACCAGUUCCACAACAAGCUGGUGGUGGUCACCCAAGUGGAGGAAGAGGUGGUCAACCAGUUCCACAACAAGCUGGUGGUGGUCACCCAAGUGGAGGAAGAGGUGGUCAACCAGUGCCACACCAAGCUGGUAGUGGUCAGCCAGGUGGAGGAAGGGGUUGGGGUCCUCAGGGACAAGGAGGGCGUGGAGGUUAUGGUGGUGGUCGUGGUGGUGGUCAGCGUGGUGGGAUGACCUCGCAACAGUCUGGUGGACCUGUGGAGUACCAAGGCAGGGGUGCUCAGCAGCAUCCAAGAGGUGGGGCCCCAUCUCAGCGCCGCGGUGGUAACAGUGCAGGUGGUGGCCGUGGUGGUGGACCUGUCAGUGGGUCCUUUCGUCCACCAGUUCCCGAGCUGCACCAAGCUUCCCAGAGUUCUUACCAACCUGGGGCUCCUCUACCUCAAGCGAUGACUUCUGGACAGCAGGUGGAACAGGCUGAGGCCAGUUCUCCUGUGUCACCUAUGCAGGCUGGAUUGUCACAGGUUCAGCAACAGGUUGAGCAACUUUCUGUUCAGGAGCCGUCUUCUCAGGCUAUUCAACCUUUGCCUGUUAGUAGCAAGGCAGUGAGGUUUCCCCUUCGUCCUGGGAAAGGUAGCACUGGCAUCAGGUGCAUCGUGAAAGCAAAUCAUUUCUUUGCUGAAUUACCUGACAAGGAUUUGCACCAAUAUGAUGUUUCUAUCACGCCGGAGGUGACAUCACGGGGUGUGAAUCGUGCUGUUAUGGCGCAAUUGGUGAAGUUGUACAGAGAAUCUCAUCUCGGAAGACGACUUCCAGCUUAUGAUGGAAGAAAAAGUCUCUAUACCGCGGGCCCUCUACCAUUUACCAUAAAAGAUUUUAAGAUUACCCUUAUAGAUGAAGAUGAUGGGUCUGGGGCACCAAGGAGAGAAAGACUUUUCACAGUUGUGAUCAAGCUGGCUGCACGAGUGGACUUGCACCACUUAGGCAUGUUCUUGCAAGGCAGACAGGCAGAUGCACCUCAGGAGGCUCUGCAGGUUCUUGACAUAGUAUUGCGAGAAUUGCCCACUACUCGCUACUCACCAGUAGGUCGUUCAUUUUAUUCACCCGAUCUUGGGCGAAGGCAGCCACUGGGUGAGGGUUUGGAAAGUUGGCGUGGAUUCUAUCAGAGUAUCCGACCAACUCAGAUGGGGCUAUCUCUGAAUAUAGAUAUGUCCUCCACUGCCUUCAUUGAACCGUUACCUGUCAUUGACUUUGUCACCCAACUACUUAAUAGGGAUGUCACUUCUAGGCCAUUGUCUGAUUCUGAUCGAGUGAAGAUCAAGAAGGCGUUAAGAGGGGUUAAGGUUGAAGUUACACAUCGAGGCAAUAUGCGCAGAAAAUACAGAAUAUCUGGACUAACGUCCCAGGCUACAAGGGAGCUUACUUUCCCCGUUGAUGAAAGGGGGACAAUGAAGUCAGUUGUGGAGUAUUUCUACGAGACCUACGGUUUUGAGAUUCAACACACACAGUGGCCUUGUCUACAAGUUGGAAAUCAACAAAGGCCAAAUUAUCUGCCCAUGGAGGUUUGCAAGAUUGUUGAAGGCCAGAGAUAUUCCAAAAGGUUAAAUGAAAGACAAAUUACAGCUUUGCUGAAGGUGACUUGUCAGCGUCCCCAAGAAAGAGAGCGUGACAUUGUCCAGACUGUCCAUCACAAUGCAUACCAUGCUGAUCCUUAUGCGCAAGAGUUUGGAAUUAAAAUCGAUGAGAGGCUUGCUAGUGUUGAAGCACGUGUCCUUCCUGCCCCAUGGCUCAAAUACCAUGAUAGUGGUAGAGAAAAGAACUGUUUGCCCCAAGUUGGUCAAUGGAAUAUGAUGAACAAGAAAAUGGUUAAUGGAGGAACAGUAGACAACUGGAUAUGCAUAAAUUUUUCACGUAACGUGCAAGAUGGUGUUGCUCGCAGUUUUUGCACUGAACUUGCCCAAAUGUGUCAUAUUUCUGGCAUGAUAUUCAAUCCAGAACCAGUACUCCAAGUUCUCUCUGCUCGUCCAGACCAGGUUGAGAAGGCUCUGAAAAGUCGAUACCAUGAUGCAAUGACUAAAUUGCGGCCAUUGAACAAAGAAAUUGAUUUGCUUAUUGUCAUUCUCCCUGAUAACAAUGGUUCUCUCUAUGGUGACCUGAAACGGAUUUGUGAGACAGAACUUGGAGUUGUGUCACAGUGCUGCCUGACAAAACAUGUGUUCAAGAUGAGUAAGCAGUAUCUGGCAAAUGUUGCUCUGAAAAUCAAUGUGAAGGUUGGUGGAAGGAACACAGUCCUUGUUGAUGCACUGUCAAGGCGAAUACCUCUGGUUAGCGAUCGGCCAACCAUUAUAUUUGGUGCUGAUGUCACCCAUCCUCAUCCUGGAGAAGACUCAAGUCCAUCCAUUGCUGCUGUUGUUGCAUCACAAGAUUGGCCAGAAGUCACGAAGUACGCUGGUCUGGUUUCUGCUCAAGCACAUCGCCAGGAGCUUAUCCAAGAUCUCUACAAAACCUGGCAAGAUCCUAGCAGGGGCCAAGUUACUGGUGGAAUGAUCAAGGAGCUCCUCAUAUCUUUCCGUAGGUCAACUGGCCAUAAACCGCUGCGGAUUAUUUUCUACAGGGAUGGUGUGAGCGAGGGUCAAUUUUAUCAAGUGUUGCUGUAUGAACUUGAUGCCAUUAGAAAGGCAUGUGCUUCAUUGGAGCCAAAUUAUCAACCUCCUGUGACGUUCGUUGUGGUACAAAAGCGUCAUCAUACAAGAUUGUUUGCCAACAACCAUCAUGAUCGGAAUUCAGUUGACAGGAGUGGAAAUAUAUUGCCUGGCACUGUUGUUGAUUCCAAGAUUUGUCACCCAACAGAAUUUGACUUUUACCUAUGUAGCCAUGCUGGCAUUCAGGGUACAAGCAGGCCAGCACAUUACCAUGUAUUGUGGGAUGAAAACAAUUUUACUGCUGAUGAGUUACAGUCUCUGACGAAUAACCUGUGUUAUACGUAUGCAAGGUGUACACGAUCUGUUUCAAUAGUUCCACCGGCAUAUUAUGCCCAUCUAGCUGCAUUCCGUGCUCGCUUCUAUAUGGAGCCAGAGACAUCAGACAGUGGUUCAAUGACAAGUGGUGCUGCUGGCCGUGGAGGUAUGGCUGGUGCUGGUGGGCGGAGUACUAGAUCACCGGCUGCCAAUGCUGCUGUGCGACCUCUUCCUGUUCUGAAAGAUAAUGUCAAGAAAGUCAUGUUCUACUGUUAGAAAGUCUACACUUUGGCUUGCAGUCAAAGCUUUUAACAGACUAUGGGCUUGGAUGUUUGGGAGAAAUACCUGCUUCAGUUUGGCUACUGCUCUGCGUAUGAUGUAUGCGUUUGUGUGAAAAUCAUUCUCGGCGCCUUCUGCUUGUCUUUGGGGCACUCGAGUUCUUUUUAUUAUUGUGUUUCCUGAAAAUAUACCAGUCUUUCUGAGUUAAAAACUAAUUAUCCGUCUGUUUCAUCUAUUAAUAUCUGUUGGAUUCUUGCCCUUUUUCUUUUAGGGUCAUGCCGUUUUUCAUUUAUGCAGAUGAUAUUGCAUUUCGUUCA